UGCAGGCAGUCUUACCAAAGCCAAACCCACAUCUUGAAUCAUCAAACCCUAAAAACCCAAAUCUCAAAUCCUCAAUUCCCCAAUCCAUCAGCUUCUUCUCCAUCACCAACAAGUUCCAGCGACAACAAGAAGAUCCCUAAGAUGCUCAAAUUUAGCUCUGAAUUUGGUGGCUAGCUAUCAUCUAAACUCCACUAAUCACUAAUUCUCUUUUCUUUCUCAUGGUGGAGACCUAGUAAUUAGCAAGAAAAAUAGAAAAGCUCUUCUUCUUCUUCCCACUAUCACCUCACCAGGCCACUACUUAAUUUGUAUCUCCAUUUCUUGGUGAUCUCUCAACCACUUGAGGGUUCCUCGUAUGUGACCAUCAUCACUAGAUAUAUAUGGAUCCAAUAACUAGUCAUGGACUUUCGCUCCCUCCUCCUUUUCACACAAGAGAUUUCCAACUCCAUCAGCAGCAGCAGCAACAACUUCAAUUCCACACCCAACAAAAUUCAGAAGAUGAACAAAGUGGUAGUAGCAGCGGCGUAAAACGCGAGCGCGAAGAGAACAACAACAACAACAGAGACUUCGAAGGUGGAGGAGGAGGAGGAGAGAUUACUAGAAGGCCAAGAGGCAGACCAGCUGGAUCAAAGAACAAACCAAAACCCCCAAUCAUAAUCACCCGCGACAGCGCUAACGCUCUCCGCACCCACGUCAUCGAAAUCGCUGAUGGUUGUGACAUUGUUGACAGCGUCGCCACAUUCGCUAGGAGGAGACAGAGAGGGGUUUGUAUAAUGAGCGGAACUGGAACUGUAACCAAUGUCACACUCAGACAACCUGCUUCACCAGGCGCAAUUGUCAGUUUACAUGGAAGAUUCGAGAUAUUAUCGCUUUCUGGAUCAUUUCUGCCACCUCCUGCUCCACCUGCCGCGACGGGGCUGACUAUCUACUUAGCUGGGGGACAAGGACAAGUUGUUGGUGGGAGCGUGGUUGGCACGUUGACUUGUUCCGGUCCGGUGGUUGUCAUGGCUGCUUCGUUUAGUAAUGCCGCGUAUGAGAGGCUUCCGUUGGAGGAGGACGAGCAGCCCCCCAUUGGAAUGCAAGGUGGAGGAGGAAUUGGGUCGCCAGGAGCGGUGGGGUCCGCACAGCAGCAGCAGCAGCAGGUGAUGGGUGAGGGAAAUCCUGCUCCUAUGUUUCAUGGGUUACCGCCUAACCUACUGAAUUCUAUACAGUUACCGAGUGAAGCUUAUUGGGCCACUGGUCGCCCUCCCUUCUAGCUACCUUAUUCAAUGUGAUUGAUUAAGGAAGGCCGGCCGCAUCGACAAGCUGGUGAUUAGAGUUCAUGUUUCGUGAUGGGUUUGAUGAUCUAUAUCAGGUUUUGAUUUCUCCUCAAGUUUAGUUGUCUCUUGUUUUGGAUUUGAUUACUAUUAGAACAAAUAGAUGUAAAAAUUUCUUUGAUUCCUAGCAAUGAUGCUGAUGAUGAGUU